GAAGUGACGCCAGGCGUAGCGGAAGUUGCUGCAGCCGCGGUGUUGUGCUGUGGGAAGGGAGACGGAUUUGUAAACCCCGGAGCGAGGUUCUGCCUACCCGAGGCCGCUGCUGUGCGGAGACCCCCGGGUGAAGCCACCGUCAUCAUGUCUGACCAGGAGGCAAAACCUUCAACUGAGGACUUGGGGGAUAAGAAGGAAGGUGAAUAUAUUAAACUCAAAGUUAUUGGACAGGAUAGCAGUGAGAUUCACUUCAAAGUGAAAAUGACAACACAUCUCAAGAAACUCAAAGAAUCAUAUUGUCAAAGACAGGGCGUUCCAAUGAAUUCACUCAGGUUUCUCUUUGAGGGUCAGAGAAUUGCUGAUAAUCAUACUCCAAAAGAACUGGGAAUGGAGGAAGAAGAUGUGAUUGAAGUUUAUCAGGAACAAACGGGGGGUCAUUCAACAGUUUAGAUAAUCUUUUUAUUUUUUUUCUUUUCCCUCAAUCCUUUUUUAUUUUUAAAACUAGUUCUUUUGUAAUGUGGUGUUCAAAACAGAAUUGAAAACUGGCACCCCAUCUCUUUGAAACAUCUGGUAAUUUGAAUUCUAGUGGUCAUUAUUCAUUAUUGUUUGUUUUCAUUGUGCUGAUUUUUGGUGAUCAAGCCUCAGUCCCCUUCAUAUUGCCCUUUCCUUUUUAAAAAUUACGUGUGCACAGAGAGGGCACCUUUUUCAGGACAUUGCAUUUUCAGGCUUGGGGUGAUAAAUAAGAUCGACCAAUGCAAGUGUUCAUAAUGACUUUCCAAUUGGCCCUGAUGUUGUAGCAUGUGAUUGCUUCACUCCUGGACUGUGACUUUCAGUGGGAGAUGGAAGUUUUUCAGAGAACUGAACUGUGGAAAAAUGACCUUUCCUUAAUGAAGCUACUUUUAAAAUUUGAGGGUCUGGACCAAAAGAAGAGGAAUAUCAGGUUGAAGUCAAGAUGACAGAUAAGGUGAGAGUAACUCCAAAGAUGGCUUCACUGAAGAAAAGGCAUUUUAAGAUUUUUAAAAAAUCUUGUCAGAAGAUCCCAGAAAAGUUCUAAUUUUCAUUAGCAAUUAAUAAAGCUAUACAUGCAGAAAUGAAUACAACAGAACACUGCUCUUUUUGAUUUUAUUUGUACCUUUUUGGCCUGGGAUAUGGGUUUUAAAUGGACAUUGUCUGUACCAGCUUCAUUAAAAUAAACGAUAUUUGUAAAAAUCGUA